GCGUCACGUGGGCGCGUGUCGAAGGUCACGGCGCCCACAAUGGAGCUGUCGCCGUACGCGCAGGGCGGGUGGCGGCUGCUGGGCGACCCCCGCCGCUUCCCCCGCCGCCCGUUCGCCGCCCUCCUCCGCGCCGCCUUCCGCAGCCUCCUGGAUCACCCGCAGGCCGGGCUGGACGAUCCAGACCUGAAAGAUAUUGACCCUUCAGUAUUAAAACAUUGCCAUGCUGCGGCUGCAAUGUGUAUUCUGGAGGCAGGGAGGCAGAAAGCUGACAUAUCUGCUAUAAGCACAUGCCUAGAAGACUGCAAACUGGAUAAAGAGAGAAUUGAACAAUUUUGCACCGAAUAUCAGAAAAACAAGGAUGCAUUGGAAAUCCUAUUGGGAAGAGCAGUGAUUCGGGAUCACACCCAGAUGUUAGUUUUAGUUGUACAAUGGAGCAAUUACAGGUACUUCUAUUUAGCCAAAAUGCACCGAACAACCAGAAUCAAAAUAACCGAGCUAAACCCCCAUCUCAUGUGCGUGCUCUGCGGCGGGUACUUCAUUGAUGCAACAACCAUCAUAGAGUGCCUCCACUCCUUCUGUAAGACCUGUAUCGUGCGUUACUUGGAGACCAGCAAGUAUUGUCCUAUCUGUGAUGUCCAAGUUCACAAAACUCGACCGCUUUUGAAUAUAAGGUCAGAUAAAACUCUCCAAGAUAUUGUAUACAAGCUAGUACCAGGCCUUUUCAAAAAUGAAAUGAAAAGAAGAAGGGAUUUUUAUGCUGCUCAUCCGUCGGCUGAUGCUGCCAAUGGCUCUAAUGAAGACAGGGGAGAAGUGGCUGAUGAAGACAAAAGAAUUAUAACAGACGACGAGAUAAUAAGCUUAUCCAUUGAAUUCUUUGACCAGAAUAGACUGGAGCGAAAAGGAAAUAAAGAGAAAGAAAAAUCAAAGGAAGAGGUGAAUGACAAAAGAUACUUGCGCUGCCCAGCAGCAAUGACAGUGAUGCAUCUAAGAAAGUUCCUGCGGAGUAAGAUGGAUAUACCUAACACUUUCCAGAUUGAUGUGAUGUAUGAAGAGGAGCCACUGAAGGACUAUUACACCCUAAUGGAUAUUGCCUAUAUCUAUACCUGGAGGCGGAAUGGGCCUCUGCCCUUGAAAUACCGAGUCCGACCUACUUGCAAGAGGAUGAAGAUCAGUCACCAGAGGGAAGGCUUGAAUAAUAGUGGGGAGCUGGAAAGUGACUCUGGGAGCGACAAGGCGAGCAGCCCAGCAGGAGGCAUCCCCUCCACCUCCUCCUGUUUGCCCAGCCCCAGCACACCAGUCCAGUCUCCUCACCCCCAGUUCCCCCACAUCUCCAGCACCAUGAAUGGCACCAGCAGCAGCCCCAGCAGUAACCACCAGUCCUCCUUUACCAACAGAGCUCGGAAAACAUCAAUAAAUGGCUCCUCAGCCACUUCAUCUGGUUGAUGUGCCAACCAGGCUACCACCCUCGCCCCUCCUUUAUAUAGAUCUCUCCAUGCCAUUACAGCUUUAUAGAUGCUAAUCCAUGUGACUAUCAUCCAAAUUGCUUUCUUUUGUAGUAACACUGAACUUGGCUAUGAAAGGCGGACUAGGUGACAUUCGGGAUGGACCUUAAUGGAAACACAAGAUUGAAAUGUAAAUUGUUUUCAGAGGACUGGGAAGCAAACAAAAGUUACACCUUCACCUGUUCUGAAUGAUGUGGAGUUGUUUCUGUCCCCAUCAUCUGGAGCCAGGAGUCUCCAGAAGUCAAUACAAAUCCUGGGAAGUAGUUUGUUAAUCCAGACUAACUCCUCCAUUGCGUUCUCUUCGAUUGUUAUUGUUCUUAUACUGUUUUGUGAACCUGUAGAAAGCAAGUGCUUUUUCAUCUUGAAAUCCAACAAAAUUGAAAGAAUAUGCAUAGAAAAAUGCAUAUAUGUAGCCAUGUCACUGUGAAUAACAAUUUUUGCGUAUUAGCCAUUUUGAUUCUUAUGUUGCAUCUUUAACUUCUCUGUUGCUGCGCAGAACCGAUCAAAAGAAAACUUCAGUUUUACAAUCUGUAUGCCUAAAAGCGGGUAUUACCGUUUUAUUUACUGACUUGUUUAAAUGAUUCGCUUUUGUAAGAAUCAGAUGGCAUUAUGCUUAUUGUACAAUGCCAUAUUGGUAUAUGACAUAACAGGAAACAGUAUUGUAUGAUAUAUUUAUAAAUACUAUAAAGAAAAUAUUGUGUUUCAUGCACUCAUGAUAUGGUUGUUAAAUUUCUAAACUGGUUCGACCCUUGCAGAUGCCGCCUGUUUGAGCUUUGCUCAUACUGCAAGAAACACGUUGUGUGUGAGAGCUACAGUAUUGGGAAAGCACAUUCAAGUCUCUGAUAACCUGGAGGCAAUUGGCGAUCUUAAAAGGAUUUUACUUGCUUUGUCUUUUUUAUUUUUUUUUUCUUCCAAGUGGAAUUUUUUUACUUUACCAAAUGUUGAAGUGAUACA